CACGGUUUGAUUCACUCACGACUGAGAGAAGCCAGCACUCAAGUAGUGUCGAUGCUCCUCUGCUAGGACCAGGACGGCGAGAAGUGAUGUCUGAGUAAGAUAUUAAUCAGACGAAUCAUCGCCCUUUCUUCAAGAUGCCACCACUCAGCUGCUGCCACGACCGAGGGCCGGACUUAUCCGAGACCACCUUCAGGAGCACAGCUCCGUGUAAUUCGUCAUCUUCGCCCAGCUCUACUAGUUCGUCGAGCAGUGCGAAAGCAAGAUAUCGACAUGGAGAAAUGAGGUUUCGAGCAAGAAGAACCCCCGCCGUUUUAGGUGCAGCAGCCUGUUGGACAACCGCACUCCUUCCCAACAUCCAGGAAAUCUUGUUUCAGGCAAAUUUGAAUUUCCACCAAAAUCUUGUCGCCGCAAAGCAGCACAGGAGCACAAGGAAGAGCAGCGAGCACCACCAACAGGGACGAGAAAAGCAAGAGUCUCUCCUCGAUGCUGCGUUAAGCUCCGUGAAGAAGAGCGCAGAAGACCUUCUCCACUGGCGCGGCGAGGGACAAAACUUUCGAGUACACAAAAAAAUGAUCGUCAAAGUGAAGAAGCUAUCCUGUGCAAAAGUAUCGUACUCGUAGUAAUUGCAAUCAUGCAUGACAAAUUGCCCAUCUUAGGCAAAUCAGCAUUACAAAUUGCACUUUUCUCUUUGAAAAAAUUUGUAAUGCAAUCUAUACUAGUACGAUACUUUUGUAAUGCAUAGAAGCGGAAGAGGAGCAAAAAACGGAGUGGUGCAAGAACCGCCGCGGCUGGUCGAAAAUCAUCAUCCUCUUCCACCUCUGCCGGCAGAGUCUACUCGUCCACCUCGAGUAGUAGUAGAAGUGGCCGAUUGCAAGAUGGGCAUCGUCAAGAUGAACGCCAGCAGCUUCGAAAGAUGAACAAGAAACAGAGAAGGAAAGCCGCGAAAGGAGCUGCUGCAGCAGCAGCAGCAACAGCUGCUGCACAGAUGAGAGGUCUUCAGAAGAAGACCUUGAGAAGCGAAAAACUACUAGUACGCGAAGACGAGAAAGAUGGUAGUGGGAGUGAAGAGGAGAUUCCGGAUGAAGAAGUAGACAAAAUGAUGAACGAGAAUAGCGAAACAUUGCAUCCGGACGAGCCCGUGGGGCUGGACGCCACGACAAGCACAACGAGCACUUCCACGACAAGCACAAGCACGACUUCUACUACGACGACGAAAGCCGGAACGUCUACAGGAAGUUUUUCUGGCGCGUCAAUCCGGAUGCCGGGCCCUGCCCCUGCGCCAGCUCCGACCUCCUCGUCUUUGGUGCAGCACGAUUGGGACGAUGGGGACAACUCGACCGAAGCACCGCAAAGGACCACUGCAGGAGCAGUACAAAUACAAGACGCGGAUGACACAAACUCGACAACGAUGUCGCCCCCAAAGGAUGCUGCUGGACAACAUCAAGGAAGCUCCUCGUCAGCCUACCUCACAACCGCACAAAAUAACGUCUUCCACAACCUGACCAACCGGAGCAGCGAGCAGAUUGGCGAGUCCAUCAGCACAACAUCAAGUUCUACUACUUCCACAACCGCUGCGACAACGACGACAUUAGCUGGCGGCGAUUUUUACACGCCUGAGGCGAUGGUGCUGGCAAGGAAUAAUAAGGCGGGUGACGAUGAAGACGAUGAAAUAAAUCGGACACAAUCCUACCUGCAGAAGCAAGACGUGGUGAUUCGCCGGAGGAUUCCGGUGAGUCAAUACGGGCAGAACAACCUCCAAGGGGCUCCUGUGGCGGGUGGACAGCAAGUGCUGCAAGCAGGUGCAGGGCCAAGCUAUCCGCAGCCGGCGCUAGUAGUGCAAGGAGGUAAUGGCUACGCUGCGCAGCCACCGCCGGCGCUAUACGAAGAUCCGCAGUUUCUCGCAACGGCCUCAGACGGGCAGCAGUUGGUGCAGUCGAACCUCCUCCAGGGAACAGUGAAUGGCAUGGUCAAAAAUGAUGUUGUCCCGCAGCAAAAUAAUCAAGUCCCGCAAGAACAGCAGCAGCUACAAUCCCGUCAGCGUGUUUUCGCCACGGUGAGUACUACCGGAACGCCAAAUGGACCGCAGAUUCAAGUCCCGCAAAUGUACAACAACCCAACGACAACUAAGCAGUUUGCAAUCAACCAAGACGGAUUGGAAGAUGAGGAACAGCUUGACGACUGGCCAGCAACUACGAACAGCUACGAAGAGGAUGGGGAGUACGAGGACAGCUACGAUAGCGGGGAGGACGAUUACGAUUCCGGUGAAGACGCAGCUUAUCUAGAAGAGCAAGGCGAUGACAGCGACGAAGACGAUAGCACGAAUAGUACCACGACGGGGUUUGUCGACACGAACACGUUUCGGGAAGAAUGUACUUGUGUUUUUCUCGACUUUUUUCGGAAGUGAAAAAUGGCCAUGGCGAUUAAGAAGUUGUACGGAACUUCCGGUAUCGCUUUUCGAAGCGGCCUCACCGAGAUGAGAAAUAAAAAAUCGUGCAUGAUGCGCAUGCCAUAUUACCCAUUCUUGAUUUGGAAUCACAACAUACAACAGGUGAUGCCGCGACACUGGUGGCCGCCUGGAAAGCUUGUGGGAUCAAGGACAGUUCGCUGAAAGAUUACAAAGCGGGCGAAAACACCAGCGAUUUGGUGUGGGAAGUGAAACAAAGUACUGCUACUGUGUUGAAAAAGUCUGCUCAGAUGAUUUGCGAUUCUGCCAAACCAUUUUGACGUGCUCGGAGUCCAUUGUGAUGCCAAGCACACUUUCCUUCUGCAGCCCUAAUAUUUCUGAAUCCAAAAGAAAAAACACAUUCUUAUCAAAUACAGCCCACCUCUGCAACACCAUCUGCAUGUUGGCCUCCGAGAUCUGCGCAGACCUCACCGGCCUAGCCGUAUCAAAUGUAAAAAUGUCUGGGUCUGGAAGAAUGCAACUUGUGAUGCUCAUGCUGCAUUUGGAUGUCUAAAACUAAAAAAUUUGUGUUGCAUGAGCAGCAAAAGGAAUCUAAUUUCUGCUACGCGGAGAGGGCAUUUGUCAUGCAGAAUAGGCAUCAAGAACCCCUCAAAAAACCUGUGAUGCUAGGUCAUGCAUCACAGAGACCACGGCUCAUGCAAAUCGUGCAUCACAAGUCUCAGAACCUUCCAGACCCAGACAUUUUUACACUUGAGAAGCCGCCCGGCGGUACGACGAAGUUACCUGCUCGCGUUACUGGAACCGGGUGUCGGAGGAAUCCAUAGUGGUCACGGAAACCAACGACUAUCGAAUAAAAGAGUGUUAACUUUAACGGUUUUCACAGAUGGCAGUCAUGCAUUACAAAUUUUGCCUUCCGUGCAUGGUACGCAAUACAAAUUUGCGCGCCUCUUCAGAUGCAUCCCUGCAUCACAAAUUCCGUUAACGUUAGCACUUUUUCUUGUGAUAGCGACGCGUCGUCCAAAGCCAUGUUCUUCGGGUGGAGACUGCAGCUGCUGUUCACCUUUGUGUUCCUGCUGUUUUCGGUCAGCGGCUUCGGGGAUCAUGAUCAUGGAGGGUUCCUCGGUACUACAGCAGCCUCGUCGGUCGGAAGGAGCAGGCAAGUGCAGGGGGUGUGGUGAUCAACAUGGUGACAACUGUCAUCGAAGAGCUCGAAGAUCAUCGAACAUUUACAGGCGAGCCGCGAACAAAUUCUAAAGUGAAAGAUUGUUUUGUUAUGACGAUUUGUUGAACUAGUACCCAGUAAAGGCUUUUCUUGCUGCUUGAGCUUUCAACUCUUGUACGAUUACACCAGAUUUUAAUGAAUUUCAAUUUUCCGAGAAACCAAUACUAACCGAUAAUUUAACAAACUAGUCACAGAAGCAACAAAUGCACCAAGAAAUGUAGAAUUUCGAUUCAUCGGAAUCAAAGAACGGGUCCGCGGUCCUGCUCCUGCGGGCUCGACACUAGAAAUGAACUUGUAUCAACGCGUUAAGUCGAGAAAC